ACUGUCACUUCCUUUUUGCUCAUUCUAGUAACUUAUUCCUCCUUUGGGUUGGCUUUCCCUUAGGGCCUCCGGCCUUGUUUUUGCCCCGGCAUGUCUUCCACCGGGGCGCCGAUGUGGAAUCCUCACGCAGGAGCCCUGCUCCAGUAGAGCCCAUCCUCUCCACCAUGAACGGGGUCCUGAUUCCCCACACGCCCAUUGCUGUGGACUUUUGGAGCCUGCGCCGGGCUAGUACUGCUCGGCUCUUCUUCUUGUCCCAUAUGCACUCGGACCACACCGUAGGCCUGUCUAGCACUUGGGCCCGACCCCUCUACUGCUCCCCCAUCACCGCCCACCUCUUGCACCGUCACCUACAGGUGUCUAAGCAAUGGAUCCGAACCUUGGAGGUUGGUGAGAGCCAUGUAUUGCCUCUAGAUGAAACUGGAAGAGAGACCAUGACUGUAACCCUCAUCGAUGCCAAUCACUGCCCUGGCUCUGUCAUGUUUCUCUUUGAAGGAUACUUUGGAACCAUCCUUUAUACAGGUGAUUUUCGAUAUACGCCAUCCAUGCUGAAGGAGCCAGCCCUGACAUUGGGGAAACAGAUCCAUACUUUAUACCUAGACAAUACCAAUUGCAACCCAGCAUUGGUUCUUCCUUCUCGACAAGAAGCUGCCCAACAGAUUAUCCGGCUCAUUCGCAAGUACCCACAACAUAACAUAAAGAUUGGACUCUAUAGUCUAGGAAAGGAGUCAUUGCUGGAGCAACUGGCCCUAGAGUUUCGGACCUGGGUGGUAUUGAGUCCCCGGCGUCUGGAGUUGGUGCAGCUGCUGGGCCUGGCAGAUGUCUUCACAGUGGAAGAGAAGGCUGGCCGCAUCCAUGCUGUGGACCAUACAGAGAUCUGCCGUUCCUCCAUGCUGCAUUGGAACCAGUCCCACCCUACCAUUGCUAUUCUUCCCACAAGCCGAAAAAUUCACACUUCUCACCCUGAUAUCCAUAUUAUCCCUUACUCUGACCAUUCCUCCUACUCUGAGCUUCGUACAUUUGUUGCAGCACUGAAGCCUUGUCAGGUCCUGCCCAUUGUCAGUCGACAGCCCUGUGGAGACUAUUUUAAGGACAGCCUGAGUCCCAGGCUCUCUAUGCCCCUGAUUCCGGACUCUGUGCAGCAAUACAUGAGUUCCUCCUCUAGAAAACCAAGCUUUCUCUGGCUGUUAGAAAGGAAGCUAAAGAGGCCAAGAAUCCAGGGUGUUGUGUUUGAAACCCCUGAGGAAAACACUGAUCAAUCGCAAGCUGACAGGGACUCUAAGAAGACCAAGAAAGAAAACCUUUCUCCCUGGCCAAGGGACUUUGAGAAGCAACAUCCCCCCCAUUCUUUGAGGGUCAAGAAGCAGUUUUUCCCAGACCUCUGCAGCCAAGAAUGGGACAAGGCAGCUCCUUUUUGUGAAUCCCAGAAGAUGGUGACUGUGUUGACUGCCCCCUUGGGAUUUUCAGUGCAGUUAAAGACUCCAGAUGAAAAAUUUAUCUCUCCAAAACCCAGGGAGGAAAUUGGCUUAGAUCCACCCUUGAUACCUAGGGAAGACAAUAAUGGCCCAGCAGCCACAGGGGACCAGAGUGAUUGGAUAAGCCAUGAUUCUCCCCCAUCUCACAGCAGCAAGGCUGCCCCACUUCUAGUUACUGAGUUCAGGAGCCUGGCACUAAAAUACCUUCUGACUCCAGUGAACUUUUUCCAGGCAGGGUUCUCUUCCAAAAGCUUUGACCAGCAGGUGGAAAAAUACCAUCAGCCCUCACUGAAGUAGAGACAGGAGAAUGGAGAACUACAACUUUGUCAGAUACACUACUACAGUUUUGAAGAUAGUAACUGAAGACUAUAGUGAAAGCUUCUUUGGGGCCUUACUUCUCUUUUCAGGAUCCUAUGUGCUCACCCUAGAGCAGCACUUCAUAAAGCUUGUUCAUUGGAGUCAAGGUGUCUAUGAACUCCUUAGUUUAAUAGUUCAUUAUGUUUAAGAAACACUUUUCAUUAUAAACCCUUCAGAGUGUGCAUGAGCACAUUAAAGGUUCUUAGUAGUCCUAUAGUAACUUAAUCUGUUUAACUUUGUUUAACCCUCUAUUUUUCAAACUUUUAUGAACAUACAGUCCUUUUAUGUGGGUGCAGAAAGAGUCAGAGUGUGAAUCAAAAAGGAUCAGGUUAUUCCCAUUGUUAUUUUUUGUGUCAUGUGCCAUCCCCACAUCCCCUUCUUCUCUUUCCAGAUGAAAGUCCCUAGGUAGUUUUAUUUUUUUAAUUAUGAACUGUGGUGCUGAAGGAUAAAGUGGUGACCUAAGCAGCACGUUCCAAACCCGGGUGUCACUGACUUGCUCUGACCCCAUCCAAGUAACUUCCUGUCUCUGCCUCUGGGAGGGAAGAGGAAAUGAUGAAGAGGCCUUGGAACACUGGUGAAAAAUUCCACAUCUGCCUUCUUCUGAGGAGGUGCAGUUAGUGUCACUGGGGACCCAUUUGGAACAGAACCAGCAAGGGGGUUGGGUACCCCUCACCAAGGCAGUACCCAGCUGAUCAUUAAGGCUUAGGGUAUGAGGGCUUCUGGUUGCCUAGAGGCACUGACUUUGGCUGAAGGAUAAAGUGUAAAUAAAAUUACAAAAGAUCAAA